AUGGAUCAGCUCGCCGUCUCUGUUAGCUCCUUCGUCCACUGCAUCGAGGAGCUGCGCCUCCCAGUGGUGCCGUACGGCACGUACAUCAAGGCUGUCUGUAUUGGCAUCCCCCUUGCUGUGCUGGCGCACGACACGGCCGAGUACUGGCUGCCUACCAAGACCCGUAUUCCGGUACUCUCGUGGUUCGUGCGCAAGUGGCGCCAGAACCCCGAGACGAAGCACGUACAUCUCCGGGCGAUUCGCAAUUUGGUUCUCUUUGCGUUCUUUGUCGUGCUCCGCAUGGACGGCGCGGCGAACGAGGAGGCGGAGCCAUCUGACUACGUCUCCCAGCGACUGACGAGUGCGUCGGGACAACGCGCGGUGAACCAGGAGAUCUACAAGUCACGCCGAGUCGCCUUCAACGCUGCUACAGCCGUGCUCGGAGAGGAAGAGAUGAACAUAGAAGGUGUACAGCAGCAGCGUGACGCUGUGCUGCGCCGCCGCCGUCUCCACGACCCCAACGUGGCGUAA